AUGACGCUUAUCUUCUCCGUUUCAACAAGUGGUGAUUUUAUCGUGGAGAGCUCACUGAAGGAGGUGCGGAGGUUCUUGCGAGAUACGGUGGGUGCACAUUAUGCCUUCUUGGAAUUCGUGGAUAAUGGCAAUGAAAGAGAAGAGUAUAAGCUUUGUACACUGGCAUUCCAUGAUCAAGAUCAUCUUUUCUUUGUGAAAGGUACAUUUCUGGUUCCAUUCAUCCAGCGCGGGAUCGGCUUCGUCCCUGAACAGGUGCUUCACGCCGUGAACUGCCAUGCCUCUAAACUAGCUGAGUUGGACAGCUCUGCUCGGCAAGAAGACUUCAUUCAUGCACACAAAGCCCUUGCGUUGACAUACUAUGCGAUGAAUUACGCGGCUAUAAACUGGGUGAAAGGAAGGUACGACGAAUCUCGCAUUCGAUGCGAGAUCGAGUGGCUCCAUAUUAUUGACGAGAUUAUAGAUUCGUUGGUUAAUCGCCACAAAAAUGACUUUCCUGAGAUGGAAAAAGCCCUGCUCAAGAAUCAUAAAGAAUACUUAGAAAUGCUGAAGACGGAGUACGGCAUUGCGACAGACAGGAUCCCUCCUAAAAAGUUCAAACUGGCUUUAUUUGGGGAGGAUCAAUUCCAAGAGGCUUUCGAGCAAUACGGAUCUGAUGACCUUGCGGGUUCAUAAUCUCAGUCAGACAUAGGCGAUCCGAAACCUCUAGCCAUCAUCACCUUCCCUGCUGUCUGAAAUUGGGUUCUACGCUGGAACCCUGUAUUGCAUAUGACGGGAAGAUCUGGAUCAGGGAUGUACCGUGGCUAGUUUAUUAUGGGUGACUUCACAAGUUGAUUUUGUGUUUCCCUUCUAUCUGCCUGUAC